AUUCUCUCUCCGAUUUUUUUUUAAAAUUAUUUAUUACGUGUAUAUAUAACUAAAACGAUUUGAUGUAAAAAAUAGAAUAAAUUGGAUAAUUAGGAGAGAAAUAAAAGAUAUUUUCUAUUUCUCGGUUUCCAGUAAAGUUGGGAAACUGAAAACAUUCAGUUUAUUUAGUUCGAAUCUCUUACAGAAAUGGCGGCAGUGACAAAGCUUCACUUGUGUACUUUCCAGAAAGACCAACACUUUUGUUUCAAGGAACAGAAACGGAGCUGGUUUAAAGUUAAACGUGGUUGUUUUGUAGGGUUACCCGUUCUAACUAGAAACCGUCGUGGGGCGUACGUUCAAAAGUGUCGGUCGUUUAGGGGAGGAGAUGGAGGGGAAGUGGAAGAGAAAGACAUGGAAAGUGAAAGAAAGCUCGGGAUUUGGACGGAAAAAGGAGAUGGGUUUUGGAAAUGUUUGAAAUCAGCUGUUUUUGGGGUUAGUAAAUUUGGUUCUCAAUCUCAAGAUGAAUACGAAAAAGCUGUGGCUAAAGUUGAAGAAGUUUUCUCCUCGAUUGCUAUGCAAAUAGGAAGAUAUAUUGUGACCAUGAUGAGCACUGGAGUGAUUCUCUUGACAGGCUUUCAGCUGUCAGGUGGAGAUAGUCAGAUGAAUACAUUGAUUUGGUAUAGCUGGGUUGGGGGGGUUAUCAUUGGAACCAUGAUUGGAGCUAAUAUGGUUCUAGAUGAACAUUGUCGAGCUGGUCCAAGAAAUGUUGUUAUAACUGGAAGCACAAGGGGUUUGGGAAAAGCGCUUGCUCGGGAAUACCUUCUUUCAGGAGAUCGUGUUGUUGUUGCUUCUCGCAGUCCCGAAUCUGUUGAUAUGACUGUCAAAGAACUCGAGGAAAACCUGAAGGAAGGUAUGACUGCUGGUGGCUUAUCUAGCAAGAAUCUGGAACGAGCAAAAGUGGUUGGCAUAGCAUGUGAUGUUUGUGAAGCCAAUGAUGUUGAAAAAUUGGCCAACUUUGCCGUCAGUGAACUCGGUUCUAUCGACAUUUGGAUAAAUAAUGCUGGCACUAACAAAGGUUUUAGACCAUUACUACAGUUCAGUGAUGAAGAUAUUAAGCAGAUUGUCUCAACAAAUCUUGUUGGUUCUAUUCUCUGCACUCGGGAAGCCAUGCGCAUCAUGAAAAACCAGCCAAAGGGAGGGCAUAUAUUUAACAUGGAUGGUGCAGGCUCUGGGGGAUCUAGCACUCCUUUGACUGCUGUAUACGGAUCAACAAAGUGUGGCCUCAGACAGCUUCAUGCUUCACUUUUGAAGGAGUGCAAACGUUCUAAAGUAGGAAUACAUACGGCAUCUCCAGGCAUGGUCCUUACAGAUCUUCUCUUAAGUGGGUCAACCUUGAAAAAUAAACAAAUGUUUAAUCUCAUUUGUGAGCUUCCGGAGACUGUUGCUCGAAGUCUAGUUCCACGAAUGCGGGUUGUGAAGGGGGCAGGGAAGGCCAUCAACUACUUGACCCCACCUCGGAUACUAUUGGCUUUAAUCACUGCCUGGUUGCGACAAGGUCGCUGGUUCGAUGAACAGGGAAGGGCAUUAUAUGCGGCAGAGGCAGACCGAAUCCGAAACUGGGCUGAAAACCGCACUCGGUUCUCGUUUACGGAUGCAAUGGAAAUGUACACAGAAAAUACCUGGGUAUCUGUGUUCUCACUUUCAGUUGUUUGUGCCUUCAUUAUCCUUUCUAGCACGAGCAGCACGUUGCCCGGCACCUGAGGCCAACUUCACAGAACAUCAUCCAAAACCAUCAAAGACUACAUUAUAAGCAUUCCUCUCAGUCAAGGGGGCAAGUAUGAUUGAAGUUACAUAUGAUAAGAUUCUAAAGACUAAACCAGCCAUUUUAUGGUCGUUUUUUCGUCAUUGGAAAUAUCAGUAAUCAAAGAAGUAAGCCUGUAUAUGUCUAUCUCCAUGUAUAUACAAGUACUGGCUGAGACAAGAUCUUAUACUUCUGAAAAUAGCAACAUAGACAGACAUUUAAGAUUUUCAUUGAAGCAUUCUUUAUUCGUAGACUUGUAACAUGUAUUCAUGUAAUGAUUGAUACUGUAAUGAAAUUUGGGUCCUUCCAAAAA